AUGAAUGGAAGACCAAGUACUUCACCCUGCACAGACGAUGUGUCCGAAGUUAGCAGUGUCAAUUCGUUGUCAAUCCGUACAUCCAUUACAUGCGUGCAAGAACGGUCAUCUCGCGAGCAUGAGGAGCCACGGGCGCCAACGUUAUUCGACAAGCACCAAGCUACCAAGGUAACUUUGGACUACGACAUACCGACUUGGAAAGUUCUCCCUGCGACGUCAUUGAUCAACGAGGCUGGCUCCCUGCUCAGUCAAGCGAGCCCACCGCAAGAGCCCAGCCGAUGGCGAGCGAUCGGCACUUUCGGACUCUACGUCCUCGGCAUUGGCACUGUCUUCAUCAUCGGAGCUGUUGGCUUCAUGAGCUUUUUCUGGAAAACUUCAAUACAGGCUAAAGAAGUCGUUGUGCAAAACACAUUAUGGAGUCAAAUCGUUUUCGCCGACUGGGCGUCUAGAUCAAUCACUCUGACGGCCGCUGCGCUGCGUGUUUGUCUGGCGCUCCAGAUGAGCUUGUUCACCGCAAUGAUCGCCUCGCUCAUGAUAGAACGGACAGGGAUAUCUUUCAGCGCGGCUCCCUUCGUCUCUAUGCUGAGAGCUAUGCCUGCAUCGCCGUACAGUCUGAUCAGUUGGACACCUUUCGACAUGCCCUGGGGCAUUGGGACCGUUUACACCAUGGCUAUCACAACUUCAGUUCUCCUGACAGCAGCAUCUCAGUUGGCCUCGACCGCCUUGCUGUCUGAUUUCGCAGUGGUAAAUGUGACUGCACCGCAAAAAGCCGUCAACAUGCUGUACGGAAACAGUAGCGUCAUAAACCCAACGGUGAUGCAGGGCUCCAGCAUCUGGAAGUCAAAGCCUUGGGUCUAUCCAAGGUUUGCGGAACUACAAAGGCAGCCUACCGAGGCCCAGCAGUCCGAAUUCUUCGAAGAUACAGGGACUAUCCUACGGGCAUUCAUUCCCUUUGCGAAUGAGCCAAGCCGUAGUCGCCUGCGAAAUUAUGAAGGGCCCGCCGCUGUUGUAGACUCCAGAGUGGUCUGCGUCAGACCUGUCAUCCGGAACGUCACAUUUUCUGCGGUUGCCUUUGACUUCUCAAACGAUACACGGCUAGAGACCUACAGCGAGUUCAAUGUCCUCGGGCAGUUUGACAUACAAGGAGGCUACGACCAGCUGCCGAUCAACCGAGGCCAAAACCAGAUAGAUGAGCCAAAGUGGCCUUUCAACUGUGUGGUUCCCGCUGAAGAUAUUCAUGGUUACUCCAAAGGCGAACCCCUCGCUUCACAAAUUGACAACUUUUCGAUCUGUUCAGUGGGUCGGGGAGAAAAUAGGACAUGGCCGGAUGGGAAGAAUUACACCAUGCCAUUUCUUCCCUCACCCUUUUCAGCACUGAACACUACCUACACCUCUAUAUUCCUUGUAUUCAACGGCACUGGGACAAUGCCUCAGUGGCAUCAGGGUCUCCGGGUUCAUGGCAACUUGAACAGCAGCACUAGCCGCUGGGAAGCCUCUGCCGACAAAUGGAUAUCGACCUCGGACGGGAUGUGGAAUAGUGUUGACAUACCAUGGGAAGGACAUGCCAAGAGAGUAGGUGUCUCGGUCACCGCAUGCUUCGCAAACUUGCAGGGCCAUGUGCAAAAUGUUAGCAUGUCCAGUAAGGUUGAUGGCCACGAACCGAUCCUAGCUUGGGACAGCCCGAAUACCCAGUACACCACGAAUGUCAUUCGGGACCAGUAUUCCAGCAUCUGCAAAGAACCUCCCGGCGGAGACCCUAGCCCGGAACUACUCGAACUUAUCCCGAAGAAAAGUUGGAAGAGUGAGGAUCACAGACUGUCACUCGACGUAGUCACCUCUCAACUUCCUUUCAUGACACGCAGCCUGCACGACCCCUUAAUCGACCCAUCGCCCUGUGGGAUGCUACGGACGGGUGGAUAUUCCUCCCGUGCCGUUCAUUACGCACAUUCUGCGCUCUUUCAAGACGUGCUCAGGACGAGCUUGAGCGUACCAGAGGCACUACAGGCUAUCCUCACAGUCACUCAGCAAAUGUCUUACUACGAUACCUUGCCUUACUUCCGGAAUGCUUGGCCAGCGACGUACGCCAUGACAGAGGAAAAACUGAUUCCCGUCCGGUGGGUUGGGUUUGGUAUCGUCGUUGCUAUCAUCGUGUUACACCUAGGCCUCGUUGCAGCUGCCUCUAUUCUGUUUCUCAAGUUGACUACCUGCAGCAGCUUGGGAAAUGUGUGGAUGUCACUAAGCCAGAUUGUGUCAUUGGAGACGGAAGGUCUGAUUCAGGAAGCUACAUCGAAAGAUGACAAUGCAGUUGAGAAGAUGAUUUGGGAAGCAAUAUCCAAAGGUGAUUCGGGGUUGAGGCAGAGGGUUAAGAUAAUGAAGAACGGGCUGAACGGCCGGAAUGAGUUGAGCUCCUUCUAA